AUGAGGCCAGUGAUGUGGACAGAUGUGGUGCCUGACCCUCUGGUGCUGACCUUGUGGUCAGAUGCGGGGACCACGCAGGAUGAGGAGAUGCUCCCCGGGCCUGUGGUCCUGAGGGCAGUUCCCUCCCAGCCUUGCUGCUGGCCCCCCGGGAACCACCGUCUCCUGGAGGCUGACCCGGGUGCCAAGUACACCAGACUGGCUGUGUCCGAGGCCGUGCUGGCCGGAGCCCUGUGCAGGCACAAGAGGGACAGGAGGGCCGUCCAAGUGCUCGCCCGGGACCCGUGCCCACCUACUAAAAUCGGGACUGCCUUGUUGCACGAUGAAGGGUCUGGACACGCCUAUGACAUUCGCCUGAAGCUAACGAAAGAGGUACUGACAAUUCAAAAACGAGAUGUCGUCUGUGUUAGUGGCAGCAAUCACAGUGCAAAUCACAGAACUGUUACGCUUCACAGACAGCCCGUGGGCGGCUUGGGCCUGAGCAUAAAGGGCGGCAUGGAGCACGGGGUCCCGGUCGUCAUAUCGAAGAUAUUCAAAGACCACGCAGCCCACCAGACAGGGAUGUUAUUCGUAGGGGACGCCCUCCUCCAGGUUAAUGGCAUUAAUGUAGAAAAUGCAACCCACGAAGAAGUGGUGCAUCUUUUGAGAAAUGCUGGCGAUGAAGUGACCAUCACUGUCGAGUACCUCAGGGAAGCGCCAUCAUUUCUGAAGCUCCCAUUAGGGUCCCCAGGACCAUCUAGCGAGCCUGGCAGCGGGACCUCCUCACCCCUCUUUGACAGCGGUUUGCAUCUGAACGGAAACUCCAGCAACACAGCUCCACCCUCACCUUCUUCGCCCGUCGCGAAUGAACCAAAAUAUGAGAAGCGCUGGCUGGACGCCGUGUCGCUCCCUCUGUCCAUGGCUCGGGUCUCACGGUGCAGAGCUGGCGCAGAAAAAGUAAGGUCCAGUGCAUUUGAGGUGCAGGCCCUGGAUGGGGCGAGCUCGGGAAUCCUUUGGUUUUACACCGCCCAGGAGAGCGCCGACUGGCUGAGGGCCGUGUCUGCCAACAUCAGCGAUCUGACGCUCCAAAAUAUGAAGAUGGCAAAUAAAUGCUGUUCUCCUUGUGACCAGGUCGUCCACGUGGGGUGGGUCAGCGAGAGACUGGGAGGGGCCAGCUCCUCUCAAACCUGCAGAUCCAAGUUCCUGGCCCUGAAGGGCUCGUCUUUCUACGUCUUCACGUCUCCUCCGGUGAGCACAUUAGACUGGGUCCGAGCGGAAAAAACCUAUAACCUCUGUGAGGUACUAUUUAAAGUUCACAAGUUCUGGCUUCCGGAUGACUGCUGGGCCCAAGCCAGCCUCUGUCUGGGUCUCCAGGACCCCAACUGCGGGGAGCACAGGCCCUUCUGCUUCAGCGUCCUCGUCAGCCACGGCAGGAGCCACGUGUUCAGCGUGGAGCUGGGGAGCGAGCUCGCAGCAUGGGAGCUGUCCUUCCAGAGGGCCACCUUCCUGGACGUGCAGAGGACGGGGUCCAAAACGUACACGUGCAGUUGGCAAGGAGACACUCUGUGCUUCACGGUGGAUUUCGCUCUGGGAUUCACCUGCUUUGACAGCAAAACCAAGAAUGUGCUCUGGAGAUUUAAAUUCUCUCAGCUGAAAGGGUCUUCAGACGAUGGGAAAGCUCGCGUGAAGCUGCUGUUUCAGAAUCUGGACACGAAGCAGAUCGAGAUGAAGGAACUGGAGUUUCAGGAUCUGACGGCUGUUCUACACUGCAUCCACUCCUUCAUAGCAGCGAAGGUGGCCUCGGUGGAUCCGGUAUUUAUAGACAGUCAGAGUAUUGCCAGAAAAUACAUGUAUAACAGCUGA